AUGCCCCCAAGCGAGGUCCGGGUCGCGUACACCCUCUAUCCCUCUGGCAGCGGGGACCUGCAGGCUGCGCUCGAGGGCGUCAGCGCGCAGUUCCCCCUGCGCAACCUGCACUGGAAGAGCAGCACCCGGCCAACACUCCGCACGAUGCAGGAGGUCGACGUGCGGCUUGUCGACCUGAAAGACGUUCCGCCGGGAAAGGAGACGGUGGCAGGCAGCGUGCUCGAGUCGCCGCUCGUGCACGUCUGCUUCGUGUGCUGUGACGACCCAGACGUGUACAAGAACAACACGAAGACCUUCAUCAAGGACUGGCUCUCGCUCCUGUCAAGUCGGCGCGCGAGCCAUGUGCCCAUGAUUGUGCUCCUGAAUUUACCGAUUCCCGGAACGACAGACCCCGCCGCGUGGCCCGAUGUCAUCAACAAGCUGAAGGAGAGCAUUGUGUCGGCGUUCGACGCCGCGAUCAUCGAGCGGGAAGACGAGGUCAAGCGUGGCGAGUCGCAGAAGGUCACCGUCGGCUGGAAUUUCAGCACCUGGUUCCUCCUAAAGGUGAGCUCCUAUCGCAGGUUCAAAGCUGACACGCAGGAGUCCCUAGCACACUCGUUCGAGGGCGUCAACCUGUGGGAGGACGCGCUGAUCAUCUACGAGGAGCUCGAGGCGUCCUUCCUCCAGGCGUUGAAGGACCAGAACUUGAGCUGGUUUGACAAGCUCGGCGGGACGGAUGAGAACGACGACUCGCUCCCCAUCCUCGACAUCGGCGCAAAGCGGUACCGCGACAUGCUGACGCAAUCUGCCAUCUCCGUCUUCGACUUCCGGAUAUACCUCUUCGCGUGCCAGUGCAAAGUGCUCGGCAAGCUGGGGCGUGUGACGGAGAUUGCGAAGCGUGGGCAGUGGUUCGUCGCGAGCCUUGCUCGGAGGUUGCGGGAGAACCAGUUCUUCAUCGAGAGCUGGACGUACAGCGCGUGUAUGGACCUGGUCGCGCGGUGUGACGAGUGGUCGCGCGUCGACCGGCCGAACAACGACUACUCUGGCCUGAUCGCGUACGAGUCGGCGCGAGCCGAGUUGCUGGACAUUGCGCGCGUGCAGGCUGAGCGUAUCGGUGUCGAAGUAGGCUUCCUCCCGGAUCGCUAUCCGUUCAAGUCGGCGACCGCGCUCAAGAACUCGGACAUGCUGUUUAAGAAGACGGUCGACGGCGACGCGCCCAAGUUUGCGGACCGCCCGCUGUCGAACCCCGUCUUCGUUGACGCGCUCAAGUCUAAGGACACGUUCACUCAGCUCUACAUCGACCUCACUAACCAGGCUCUCCAGGCGUACGAAGCAUGCGGCAAGGUCAACUCAGCCGACUAUGACUCAGCGUACAUCUUGUGCCGGAAUCUGGCGUACGACUGCGCCGACCUGCACGUCUGGGACCCAGUGUCCAAGUUUGCGCUUGUCGGCGCGCUCAAGGCGCAUGCCGAGAUGCAGCGACCACAGGACGACGACUGGGCGCAUAUGGCCGUCGCGUAUCUGGAUGUGUGCUCCGGGUCUCUCUCGGCGGGAACGGACGUGGGACAGCUGGAGAACGUGAUCAACGGCCUGCGGGACGCGAGCGAGGCGCGGCAAGUCAAGGACACGAUUGUCUUCAAGUUGCGGCUGUUAGACAACGUGGCGCGCGUGUCCGAGUCGGACCCGACAACGACAGAGCUCACAGUCGAGGUCAACAACACGCUGCCGAUAGCCGUCGACGUGGACAAUGUAUGGCUCGAGCUCGAGUCGGACGCGUACGGCGUGCUAUCGUACGGCAGCGGUCCCGUCCGAUUAGAGCCAGGACGGCAGCUGCUGAUGCUGACGUGCGCGACGUCGAUCAGCGGCGCCGCGAUUCUACGGGACGGCUGCGUCGUGCUCCGCAACAUUGCCUUCAUGGCGCCGUUCCCUGCCGACCAGUCUGUCGUCCCUAUCCAGCGCAGCCCAUCAGGCAUCCGCGCUGCGCUCCACAUGCCGGCCGAGAUUGCGCUCGAUGAGGAGCCCCGCGUCGUGCUCGACGUUAAGAGCGGCGAGCACGCGCUGCGCAACGUGCGCGUCUCCGUGGCGUCCCUCCAGGACGAAGUGCUGUAUGACACGGAGCGCACGACGGGCGAGGAUUCGGGCGAGCACUUCAACUCGACAGAAGGCUUCAUUGCGUUUGGCGAUAUCGACGCCGACAAGACGGUCACGGUCACGUUCCCGUACCAGGGUGUUCCGCGGAAUGAGCUCGCGCGCGCUCGCAUCACCAUCGAGUACGAGAGCAAGGCGGGCAGGCUGUGCAGGUACAUCGACGACCAGGCUGUGUUCAUGGGUCUCCCAAUCACGGUCAACGUGCAGGACUUCUUCCGGCCAGACGACUACUCGAUCGCGUCCGACGGGCGGGAGUACAUCCGUGUCGGCUCUGUCGACCUCCAGUCCGGCUCGGAGGGAAUAUACCAGAUCCAGCCGUGUCGCGAGAAGUGGGAAGAGCCCAUCCCGCUGUCGUGCCUCUUCAAAAUUCAGGUCAAGGGCGACCCGACAGGAGAGAUGCUCCGUCUGGCUAUCAAGUACCAGACGGUCGACGAGGGUGGGUGUCGCUCCCGGACAGGACAGAAGGGCGUGCAAGCACUCGCGCGCCUCGUCCGGGUCUACGUGACGGAACGCGGCGACUGGCUCCAGCCCUACCUGCUGGACGGGGACUUGGGUGCCGUUUUCGGCCCCAAGUUCGAGGCAGCGUUAGGCAACGCCGUUCCCUCGAGCGCCGUGGCCGCGUUCCUGUCCGCUGUCUCGUCCCAGGGCCCCGCUGCUCCGCAAUGGCGCACGCUCCGCAUCCCCGUCGAUGUCCCGCUCGGCCGUCUCCUGACCUCCGUGACACUCACCCCCUCCUCACCAACGACAAUCUACGAAGGCCGCGCGAUGGCCUUCAAGCUCUCCCUGAACACCUCGGUAGCGUGGCUGGGCAAGAGCUCCCCGCCAGCCUACCGGGUAUCCUAUGACGUGCAGCCGAGUGCCGACGACUGGGUGGUGGUGGGCAAGAAGCGGGGCGUGUACGUCGCGACGCCGGGCGAGGUGGAGGAGCAGGAACUCGUCCUCGUGCCCGUGCGCUACGGCACGCUGGCCCUGCCGCCCAUCAGUGUGCAAUUGCUCGACCGUGAACUGGCCCAGCCUGGCCCGGAAAGGGUUCUGUGCGAGACGUACGGCGCAAACGCGGCACAGGGCAUCAAGGUCCUCCCCGCGCGUACGGGCAUGGCCGCACUCGUCCCCGUUCAACCCGACUGGGCGGAGUAG